AGCGGAGAACAUUUAUAGGGGACAAGUAAAUGCAAAUGGAAACAUCUCUGAACCCGAGCUCUGACACCUUGGUUGACCCUUUCUGCAUGGAUCAUGAUAAUACUCCAUGUCGCGCUUCUCGACUCUACAAAGCGCCUCUCGCGUGCGAAAUGCGCGGCCGCGAGGGGAAGAAUGCUUGAAUCCGGGGAUAACAGGAGAGAUGUGGACGAUUUCUCGGAAGGGCGUGAGACAAUUACCCGUCGACAGUCUCAGGCGCGUGGGGGGACCGGGUGUGAGGCGUUUUCUGAUAGGCUUGAGAAGCUCAUCCUAGUCGCACGGUUCAACGAAUUACCACCCAUUGAGGAGAAUCUCCCUCGCCAUGGCUUUCUCACAAGAGCGAAGCUGUGUGUCAAUGAAUGAUCAGAGACGACGUUGAUUCACUUCGGUCGAAUGAUCUCUCCUGUAGGCGCCUUGCAGCGUCACAAAACUUACGCAUCCCCGCAUCGUGACCAGAGAGGCGCUCUCUAUCGCAUAAGAUCGAUGAUCAGCAACCGAAAGUACAUUGCCGCUUCCCCCACUGUUCGUCUCAGAAGAUAUGGCCAUGCAUGACA